CCACGGACCUGUGGUCCAGUCGCACCACCGAACCCUACAUGAGCUUUACUGUUCACUUUAUCAGCAAAGACUUGAACUAACAACACGCUGCCUGGAAGUUGCAUAUUUCCCUGAAUCCCACACCAGUGAAAACAUAGCCACUGCUCUGCAGGAUGUUUUAGCAAACUGGGGCUUGAAAGAAGAGAAACAAGUGUCUAUUACAACAGACAACGGCGCUAAUGUAGUAAAAGCUACCGAACUCAACAAGUGGGUCAGACUACAGUGCUUUGGCCACCGCUUGCAUCUGGCCAUUGAGAAUGCUGUUAAAGGUGAUGAGCGCAUUACUCGAGCUGUAGGUCUUUGCAAGAAGUUAGUGGGACAUUUCUCCCACAGCUGGAAGGAGAAGAUGGCACUGAAAAAGGCACAGCAAGAUCACCACCUCCCAGAGCACGCACUCAUCACAGAAUGUCCUACUAGAUGGGGAUCCAGGCAACACAUGAUUCAGAGAGUUCUUGAGCAGCAGAAGGCCAUAUGUGAAGUUUUAUCAGCAGACAGAAAGUCAAGACAUUUAGUUCCCACUUGGCAAGACCUAGAUGUUCUGGAGUCCAUUAACCAGGCACUGCAGCCUCUACAAGAGUUCACAGAUGCCCUUUCUGCUGAAAGAGAUGUGAGUGUUUCAUGUGUCAAACCGGUCCUACACGUGAUGAACACCUCUCUUCUUGCUGCAAAGGACGAAGACAGUGACUUAACAAAGUGCAUAAAGAAAAAGAUCCUGGACUACAUGAACACAAAGUAUGACAACCCAGCUACUCAAGAACUUCUGGACAUGGAAUCCUUUGUGGAUCCCAGAUUCAAAGCUGGCUACAUCAGCAGUGACAAGGUCCUCAACAUCAAAGCAAGAGUGAUGUCUGAAAUUGAAACAUGGCAGGCUGAGCGCCAUCGGUGA